GGGGGGGGGGGGGUGGACUCCGUUUCAUGGUGCAAACAGGACACUGGAUCAGCUUCUUUAACCUAUUCAGUGGGCUUGACAAUGAAAUUCUGGCGGCUGAUGGGGUUCAUGAUGACCGGCGGUCCAGCGGUGCGAGGCCAGGCCUGGAACUUGGCGUCCGUGGCUUGCCACCACUUCUUGUCAGAAACAGUCUUGGGAAUGCUACCUCCAAAUGCUUUCUUGUCGGAAACAAACGUGUCACACAGGUAUGCAAUGGCAAAGGACCCAGCCAGCGAACCUACAAUAAACUACCUGCGAGACUGGAGGCAAGCCUGAACGGCUGA